AUGGUUAUAUUUUUACUGGUAUUCCUGAUUUAUUGCUCCUUGAUGCAAUUGGGCCUUGCUUCAAAAGAUGGUCUCAGCGCAGUACAGCUAAAUACCGAGGAUUUUCCCUUCACAACCGUUGUGGACGUUUUAUCUCAAAAUGUCGAGUUUUCCACCUUUCUGAGACUGGUUCAGCGCGAUCGACACAUUCCAUAUUUGAAUGGGCUAGAUAAUUUCACACUUCUUGCCCCGGUCAAUUCAGCAUUUUACCUAAAAUAUGAGCAUAACAAACUUGACAUUCAAGAUUAUGUGAUUCACAACAGAGUCUUAUUCUCCAAAGAGCUUGAACCGGGUUUCCACCUUUACUCGGAUGGUUAUCGCUAUCCACUGUUAAUCCAGGUGAAAAGUCAUCAAAUUUAUUCUAUAAAUGGAAUAACGGUGGUAGAACAUGAUCUUCAGCCAAGCAUGCAGAACGCCAGUGUUCAGGGUCUUUCUGAAACAAUUCGCGACGUUCCACCCUUGCUUGACGUCAUUGCCGGGGAGAAUGAGAACAAUGAAGGUGAUUUAUCCUUGUUUUCGAGAAUUCUUGCAAGUUUUUAUGAUGUGGAAGAGCCCAUGGAGAAAUCAUUUUCCAACAAGACUCUCCUUCUACCAGCAAACUCGGCCCUUCGAGAUCAAUUCAAUGAGCUCGAGAUAAAAUACCUAACCUUACCAAUCACAGAUGAAAGGGCUUUCCCUCGGCCCAAUACUGAGAGUAACUUAGACCAGAUUAUAAAAGACAAGAUGAGAAUUUUCGAUGCGUGCCUGAUAAAUGGUCUUCAGGGCGGUCUUUUGAACCGGACAGAGGUACCGACUUUAAACGGCGGUAGGCAUCAAAUAAUGUCAGUGGACCAAGGGGCUACGUUUGUCCUCGAUGGCAUUUCAGCUGCUAAAUCCAAUGUCAUAUACGAAAAUGGGGUCUUACACACGUUCCGCCUUCUACCUCAUCUGCGUCAAGGCUUUGUGUUUAAUUCCGAAAAAUACCUUCUCGGUUUAAAUUGCUCUCAGUUCGUCGCCGAAGUUCAUUUCAGAGGUCUGAGUAGCCUCAUUAACGAUAACUCCAGAUCUUUGACCAUAUUUGUACCUGAGCCGUCGAACUCUCACAAUCCCGGGUUUUCCAAGUAUGCUUUGCUAUAUCAUUUUACGGAUGGCCAACUAGAUCUGAGUAGGCUAGGUUCUGACGACGAGCGACGUAAGUCGGAGCUCCACGAUUCCCUAUUUUGCUCUUCUAAUAAAAAAUUGGGCGGUCACUGCCAGCGCUUCAAGUUAGAGAAAGUGAACUUCAAGAAAAAAGAGGUUGUUUUGAUCAAUGGGCGGGAAGUUUUGAAUUAUGAUCACCCUCUCACCAUUGGAAAUACAACAAUUUACCUUACGGAGGAUGAACUGACUCUCCCUCCUGAUUUCAUAACAAUUGUCAGUCCCCUGCUGCAUUGCUCGAAGUCCCUUUAUUAUCUUCAAAAUCUCAACUUGCUAGAUUUGCCGGGCAACUUUCGAGGGUACACGAUUCUGCUUCCUUGCUUCGACUCGUGGACCAAUUUUGACCUUGUCCUUGACUAUUUGGAACGCAACGUAACCGCCUUGAACGGACUGAUGAAAUCUUUCAUGUUUAAUGGACUGCUUUACUCUGAUACGAAAAGCACGGUUGCCUCGCUCACGGAUCUGAAUGGACAGGACGUUCACGCCAAUAUCGAGCACGAAACAAAUGGGAAAGAUGUCUCGUUGCAGUUGAAUACCUUCGACAGUCCAAUAAUCUUGACAGAGGGAAAAGAUUUGAUAUAUGACCAGGGAGUGGUUCACUUGCUCAAAUCGAUGUCAUUCCCCAAACUAGUUCAAGUAACGCUCAAAAAUCUACUUGACACUACCGGAUCCAGCGACUUCAUGGAAUUCUUGAAUGCCUUUGAGUCGUUCGCGAAUAUAAUCAACAAUGAUGAGCCGUAUUCUUUUAUUGUACCAACAGCCAGAUCCCUCCUUUACGAAGACAUCAAUUUAAACUCAACAACGCUAGAGCAAUUCAUUAAGCUGCAUAUUAUUCCCGGUAAUUCGACAGCCGCCCUAAUUAACUGCGACGAAGACAUAGAAACACUCCAUGGUCAGCACCUAGGUUGUCAUCGUAUGGCUUCCGACGAUUUCCUCUAUUUGAAAUCUGGGAUCGAAAAGGAAGUAAGGAUUCUAAAGAAAGGAUGUACUUCUUCAGACAACAGUGCUUGUGUUUUCCUCGUUGAUCGUCCAAUAUCCCUCUCGUGGCUCAAACACGAAAAAUACAGCAUUAGUCUUCCGGGGUUCGCCUUGGCCAUCGGAUUAAUGCUGGGUAUUCUGUUUUUCGCUCUGCUCUCAAUUUGUGUGUCGGUGGCGUGCCUCGGAAAAUCGCGAAAAUCCGACUACGAGGAGAAUGAAAAUGAUUGUUCUCCGAGUGAUGAGCACACACCCUUGAUGCGCAACGGUACUAUGAAUAACCCCCCAUCAAAUGAUGUCCGAGAUUACGGUUGUGAGACUGAAACAGGGAACGGGCCUUCCGCAGAUCAAACUGAAAGAGGACCCUUUGCAAACACCUACUCAACAAAAUCAGUAAGCACACCCAUCGCAGUCGGCCCAAAAUUCUUCCCACCAACGUCGUGA